GUUACCAUGGAGAAGAGAUGUCACAACUACAUAAUCGUGUGAAUUCAUUAAAUCAUCUGACUGUUUCGAUGUGUCUGUUAGUAAAUAUUUUUAUUUCUUAGAAACAAUGAAUUAUUAUGAACAAUUGACAUUCAAGAAUUAGUUGCCACUACGUUAACCACAACCAACAUGCUGGAUCUCUGUUUAGUUGUCAGAGGUCUAAAAUGAGUCUCUCUGGGGAGAGAGAGGAGGGGGUCCCUGCCUCUAAAAUGAGUCUCUCUGGGGAGAGAGAGGAGGGGGACCCUGCCUCUAAAAUGAGUCUCUCUGGGGAGAGAGAGGAGGGGGACCCUGCCUCUAAAAUGAGACUCUCUGGGGAACAUGACACCACAGCUAAAAGACCAAUCAAGCAGGAGAGACCAGCCUCCCCUGUACCCAGCGGUCUGUCCAUGAAGAGUGACCGGUCUAUGGGUGUACCUAUAAUGUUUAGAGAGGGAGACUUUUCUACUGGACAAAGAAACCAACAGGAGAGAUCAGAGUCAGAGAUUCUCAGUGGUCAGUCUUCCCAGAGUCAGCAAACAGACCUGGCCUCCAUAUUCAGUUUGCUUGAAGAGAAUAUUAUGACAUUUAUGAAGAACGAGCUGAAGAUGUUCAAGAGGAUUCUUAGUCCAGAACUCCCAGAAGGCUUUGAGAGUCAGAAGAAGGAUAAGGAAGUGGAUGCUGAAGAUGAGAAGCAGGAGAGCAGUGCCAGAGAGGGGGCUCUGAAGAUCACACUGCACAUCCUGAGGAAAAUGAACCAGAAGGAGCUUGCUGACACACUGGAGAAAAAUGAUCUUGCUGUGAUUUGCCAACGUGAACUCAAAUCUCAUCUAAAGGAGAAAUUUCAAUGUGUAUUUGAGGGGAUCGCUAAACAAGGAAACCCAACACUUCUCAAUAAGAUCUACACAGAGCUCUACAUCACAGAGGGUGGAACAGGAGAGGUCAAUAAUGAACAUGAGCUGAGACAGAUUGAGACAACAACCAGGAAACAAGCAAGACCAGAGACUGCAAUCAAAUGUAAUGACAUCUUCAAACCCUUAACUGGACAAGACAAACUUAUCAGAACUGUGUUGACAAAGGGAGUCGCUGGCAUUGGAAAAACAGUCUCUGUGCAGAAGUUCAUUCUGGACUGGGCUGAAGGAAAAGCAAAUCAGGAUGUCCAAUUUGUAUUUUCAUUCCCUUUUCGUGAGCUGAAUUUGAUGAAAGAGAAAAAACACACUUUGAUUGAACUUCUCAACCACUUCUCAAUGGAAACCAAAGAAUCAAGGAUCUCCAAAUACGACAUGUACAAAAUUCUGUUAAUCUUUGAUGGUCUGGAUGAGUGCCGACUGCCCCUAGACUUCCAGAAGAACAAGAUCUGUUGUGACGUCACAGAGUCAACCUCAGUGGAUGUUCUGCUGACAAAUCUCAUCAAGGGAAAUCUGCUUCCCUCUGCUCUCCUCUGGAUAACUACCCGACCUGCAGCAGCCAAUAAGAUGCCUUCAGGGUGUGUUGACCAGGUGACAGAGGUACGAGGGUUCAAUGACCCACAGAAGGAGGAGUACUUCAGGAAGAGAUUCAGUGAUGAGGACCUGGCCAGCAGAAUCAUCUCACACAUAAAGACAUCAAGGAGCCUCCACAUCAUGUGCCACAUUCCAGUCUUCUGUUGGAUAUCUGCAAUAGUGCUUGAACACAUGCUGAAACAUAAGAGAGAAGAGAUGCCCAAGACUCUGACUGAGAUGUACACACACCUUGUGGUGUUUCAUACAAUAAAGAAGAACGAAAAGUAUCUUGGGAAAGAAGAGACAGGUCCAGACUGGAAUAAAGAGAGCAUUCUGUCACUGGGAAAACUGGCUUUUCAACAGCUUGUGAAUGGCAAUCUGAUUUUCUAUGAAGAAGACCUGAAAGAGGCUGGCAUUGAUGUCAAUGAAGCCUCAGUGUACUCAGGAUUGUGCACACAGCUCUUUAAAGAGGAAUGUGGGCUGUACCAGGACAAGGUGUACUGCUUCGUGCAUCUGAGCAUUCAGGAGUUUCUGGCUGCUGUAUAUGUGUUCCUCUCAUUCAUCAACAACAAUGAAAAUCUAAUGGCCGAACCUCAAUCAACGUCCAGGAACUUUUAUGUGAGGAUCAGACGGAAAAUUAAAGUCACCGUCUACAAGAGUGCUGUGGAUGAAGCCUUACAAAGUGAGACGGGAAACCUGGACCUUUUCCUCCGCUUCCUUCUGGGCCUCUCACUGGAGUCCAAUCAGAAGCACUUACGAGGUCUACUGACAAAGACAAGAAGCAGCUCACAGAGCCAUGAAAAAACAGUCAAGUACAUCAAGGAGAAGAUCAGGGAGAAUCCCUCUCCAGAGAGGUGCAUUAAUCUGUUCCACUGUCUGAAUGAACUGAAUGACCAUUCUUUAGUGGAGGAGAUCCAAAGCUACCUGAGCUCAGGAAGUCUCUCAGAAGCCAAACUGUCACCUGCACAGUGGUCAGCUCUGGUCUUUGUGUUGCUGUCUUCAGAAAAGGAGCUGGAUGUGUUUGACCUGAAGAAAUACUCCAGAUCAGAGGAAGGUCUUCUGAGGCUGCUGCCAGUGGUCAACGCCUCCAGAGCUGCUCUGCUGUCAGGCUGUCUAGUCACAGAGGAAGGCUGUGCUUCUCUGGUCUCAGCUCUGAGGUCAAACCCCUCACAUCUGAGAGAGCUGGACCUGAGCUACAAUCACCCAGGAGACUCAGGAGUCAGACUGCUCUCUGCUGGACUGGAGGAUCCACACUGCAGACUGGAGAAACUCAAGCUGUCAGGCUGUGGAGUCACAGAGGAAGGCUGUGCUUCUCUGGUCUCAGCUCUGAAGUCAAACCCCUCACACCUGAGAGAGCUGGAUCUGAGUAACAAUGACCUGAAGGAUUCAGGAGUGAAGCUGCUCUCUGAUGGACUUGGGAAUCCCCACUGUAAACUGGAGACUCUGAGGCUGUCAGGCUGUCAAGUCACAGAGGAAGGCUGUGCUUCUCUGGUCUCAGCUCUGAAGGCAAACCCCUCACACCCGAGAGAGCUGGAUCUGAGUAACAAUGACCUGAAGGAUUCAGGAGUGAAGCUUCUCUCUGCUGGACUGGGGAAUCCCCACUGUAGACUGGAGACUCUGAGGCUGUCAGGCUGUCUAGUCACAGAGGAAGGCUGUGUUUCUCUGGUCUCAGCUCUGAAGUCAAACCCCUCACACCUGAGAGAGCUGGAUCUGAGUAACAAUGACCUGAAGGAUUCAGGAGUGGAGCUGCUCUCUGCUGGACUGGGGAAUCCCCACUGUAAACUGGAG